AUGAUAGGCGGCUUACUGUAUCUUACAACUAGUCGUCCUGAUAUCUCUUUCGGUGUCCGUCUAUGUGCUAGGUAUCAAGCCAACCCUAAACAGUCACAUCUCUCUAUAGUCAAACAAAUUUUCAAUCACCUUGCAGGGACUGUUAACUAUGGUCUCUGGUAUACAUGUGAUAAGAACACCACUUUGGUAGGAUAUAAUGAUUAUGACUGGGCAGGAUGUUUAGAUGAUAGGAAAAGUGCUUCAGGGGGUUGUUUUUUCAUCGGUAAUAAUCUGGUCUCUUGGUAUAGCAAAAAACAACAAUCUAUUUCCCUUUCUACUGUCGAGGCAGAAUACAUUGUCGCCGGUAGCUGUUGUACUCAGUUAAUUUGGCUGAACAAAAUGCUUACUGAUUAUGGAUACCCAUAA